GCAACAAUGAAAAUCGAAAGAGGAAGUAUAAACUGACCUGCAACAAACGUACUAAAAUAAUUAUUAAUAUCAGUAUUCGUCUGUUAGUGUCCUUAAAAGGACUAGGAUAAAUACAUGGCAGCAUCACUCACACUUCUGGUUGCAGCGAUUGAUUUUGGAACUACGUAUUCCAGUUGGGGAUUUUCAUUUCGACAUGAAUUUAAAAGCGACCCAACCAGGGUAUUUACGAAGAACUGGAAUGGUAGGCAAUAUUCUUAUAAAGGACCAACAACCAUUUUAAUAGAGCCAGAUGGGCGAACAUUUGCAUAGUUUUGGCUAUGACGUGGAAAAUAAGUACAUUGACCUUAUUCAAGACGAAGAACAGGAGCAUUGGUUCUAUUUUGAAAGGUUUAAAAUGAAGUUGUAUGAUCAACAGCGCUUAGGAAGAGACAUGAUGAUUUACGAUAUAACUGGGAAAAAAAGUCUUCCGGCAAAAACCGUCAUAUCUUUGUCAAUACAGUACAUGAAAGAUGACCUCAUGUCCGUGAUGCAACAACGCAUUUUUGACUGUGGAAUCAAAGCAGACGAAAUACAUUGGGUUCUUACAGUACCGGCGAUAUGGAAUGAUGCUGCUAAGCAGUUUAUGAGAGAAGCUGCCCAUGAGGUUGGAAUACCAGCACACAAGCUAAGUAUUGCUCUUGAACCUGAAGCAGCAAGUUUAUAUUGCCGCCAUAUAUCCAUUGAAAUGAUCAGCAGUGACAAAACUACACUCACCACAUUUCUACCCGGAAAACGCUACAUUGUUUUGGACGCUGGAGGAGGCACAGUUGAUAUCACUGUACAUGAAGUACUCCAUGGAGGAAAACUUAAGGAACUUUACAAGGCCAGUGGUGGACAUUGGGGUGGUACAAGAGUUGAUGAAGCCUUUUUGGACUUCUUAGUAGACCUAGUUGGUUCUGAUGUGAUGUCAAAAUUCAAGGAAAGAUAUACAGAGGAAUACUUGGAGCUUUUGAGAGAAUUUGAAGACAAGAAAAGAAAAACAUUGUCGAGUAGUGACGAGAAAGUACGUCUUAAAAUUCCGUACAAGUUUAUACAACUCAUCGAAGAACUGAGGUGUAAAUCACUGCAAAAAUUGAUUGAUGAUUCAAUUUAUUCUAAACAGCUUAAAUUGGUAGCAGAUAAACUUCGAAUAGAACCAAGUCUUGCUAAAAGCUUUUUUGACACAUCGAUUACUAAAACGGUCGAGCAUGUUAAAACGUUGUUAAAGGAACCUGUAACUGACGGAGUAGAUGCAAUCCUCAUGGUCGGUGGAUUUUCCGAGUCUAACAUGUUACACGAAGCAGUAAAAAGUAAUUUUCCUGAACUCGGCGUGAUUGUCCCGAGCGAAGCCGGACUUGCGGUAUUGAAAGGGGCAGUAAUUUUUGGUCACAGUCCCUCCAUGAUCUCUGAGAGAGUCAGCAAAUACACUUACGGUGUUGAUAUGGUGGAAAGAUUUGAUUCUUAUCUUCAUCCUCCGGAAAAGAAAAUAACUAUCGAUGGUAAAACGUACUGCUCAGAUAUAUUUUCUGUUCAUGUUCAUGCAGGUCAAGCAUUAAUUGUUGGCGAGUAUCAAUCUAAAGAAAUAUAUAAUCCGGUGUCACAUUUAUCACAAGGGAUGGAAUUUAGAAUUUUUGCCACACUGAAAUCUGAUCCGAAAUAUGUUGACGAACCAGGGUCCGAACAAAUUGGAAAACUUACCAUUCCCAUGUCCGGAAGCGGAAUUGGGAGAAAAGUUCAAGUAAAGAUGAUAUUCGGUGGCACCGAAAUAGUUGUCGAAUGCAAAGAAAUAGCUACUGGACAAAUAAAAAAUACGAUUGUUGAUUUUCUUUUAUAAUGUUUUUAACAGAAUUGAAAUGUGUUGAUAUACUUUAUCAUCGCCGACGGCAUGAAUAUAUGCAUGUACAAUACGUUUGCAGUAAAUAGUUGAAUCAUGUUUAUUUUAAAUGUUUGUAAAGUAAUAACAAAAUAAAUGAAUUGGAAUAUGGCUUGAGAACGAUGAAGUUAUUUUUCAAUGUUUUAGAAUUCUUCUUACACCAACGGGUGUUUUAGCAAGCUGUGGAACGUGUCCUAAGUGACUUGUCUAUAUGAAUAAAACAUUUAACCAGUUUCUAAGAUGGAUUGAAUAAGUGUAACUGUAGCCAAAAGGUACAACACAUACUUUGUCAAUUACAUGACUAUAAGCUUCGGUGUAAUUUUAUCAUUAUUAAUAAGCAUACGUUUCUGUCGUAUAAUUAAUAAGUAUCAACGAUUACCCUAGUACAAUUUAUUUGUGGAAAAAUAUAAACCAGAUACAAAUGUAAUCGAUUAAUAGACUUAUAUUAUAAACUUGCUUGUGAUUAUUUGUACUUUUUAUUUAAUAUCUCUUUUGUUAUUAUCGUUGUUAUGAUUGUGAUAUAAUAAUUUGAAAGCCGUGUGAAAAAGCAUUUUUGUUAAACUAUAAUUUCUAUGUAAACUUUAAAAAAAAGAUAUUAUUAUCAUUAUCAUUAUUAUCUUGAGACUAUACGACACUGCUUACUCAAAAUAUAUCAUAUUGCCCUUAGUAUUUGUCAUAUACAAGUUAACACAAUUUGUCAUUGUGAAGUUGACUUUUCAUCUUCUAUAUCUGCUGAUAUAUGAA